AUCUAACAAAACUCUUCUACUUAAGCAUGGUGGUUAAUCAGAAGAUAUCCGGCCUUGCAUCCGCUAUGAACGCCAAAAUCAUCGGUUCAGGCGAGCGAUCAAUGGUCCUGGCACACGGUUUCGGAGGCGAUCAGUCGGUUUGGGACAAGAUAAUACCGGUCUUGUCUCAAUCCUUUAAAGUUUUGGUCUUUGACUGGUUGUUCUCUGGAGCCAUUAAAGACCAAACUCUUUAUGACCCUUCGAAGUAUAACUCCUUAGACGCCUUCUCUGACGAUCUCAUUGCUCUUAUGGAGGAGUUGAAGUUUGGUCCUGUCGUGUUCGUAGGCCAUUCCAUGUCGGGGAUGAUCGGUUGUGCUGCUUCUAUUAAAAGGCCUGACUUGUUUAAAAAUCUUCUCCUUAUUGCUGCUUCUCCAAGGUAUAUAAACAGUGAGGAUUACAAAGGAGGGUUUGAGUCAAAAGACAUCGACACAAUCAUCUCCAACAUUGGCUCCAACUACGAGGCUUGGGCGGUUGAAUUUUCCUCCGUCGUGGUCGACCCGAGAGACUAUGUUUCGGUCCAAAGGUUCGAGAAGUCCCUUAAGAAGAUGAAGCCCGAGACGGCUCUUGCCUUAGCUAAGAUAGUGUUUGGUAGCGACGAGAGAGAGCUUUUGGGACAAGUGUCAGUGCCUUGCCACAUCAUACAACCAGGAAACGACGUCGUAGUGCCUGUCUCCGUCGCUUACUUCAUGCAGGAGAAUAUUAAAGGGAAAUCGACGGUGGAGAUCAUCGAGGACGCGAUCGGGCAUUUUCCACAGAUGACAUCACAUUUGGAGCUGCUUAGCGUCAUGAGGCGCCUCAUCGAGUUUUGAGGCUUAUAUAUAAAAACUUUGUGUCGAUUGAUCGAGAUUCUUCUUGUCUAUAAAUUAUAAUAUCGUAUUACUAAUAUAAUGGAGUGGGUCUAUUAUUAGUAUUGAUAUAUGUGUUUGUGUAAUGUGAAUGUGUUAUUUUAUUUGUAGCACAGAGUUAUUUCCAAUAUUAGUUCUGUUUUUUAAAAGAGGGAGUGAAAGUGAAUAUGUUCUAAGAUUGUUGGUUUUUCUGUUUUAAUUUGUUGAAUAAAACAUUCUUACCAAC